AGGCGCAGUUGCCGGGUGGAGACUGGCAAACCGCUGCCUUCCAACUCUCCAAGGCUGGGCAGUGGAAGUCGGGUUCCUGGUCGGUUCCAAUUAAUAAGUCUGCAGUCUUGGCGUUAAUCCCUCUGCUGCCAGAGUUAUGGAGCUCCCCUUCCGGAAAGAAUUGGAGAAGUACAAGGACCUUGAUGAGGAUGAAAUCCUGGGGAAGUUGUCGGAAGAAGAGUUGAAGCAGCUGGAAUCUGUGCUGGAUGACCUCGAUCCAGAGAAUGAGCUGCUGCCAGCAGGAUUUCGGCAAAAGGACCAGACGGUCAAAAAGCCUUCUGGUCCUUUCGACAGAGAGAAACUCCUUGCGUAUCUGGAGAAGCAAGCACUGGAGCAUAAAGACAGGGAAGAUGUUGUCCCUUACACAGGAGAAAAGAAAGGGAAAAUAUUUAUCCCCAAACAGAAACCACUCCAGGCUUACACAGAAGAAAAAGUGACUCUUGAUCCAGAACUGGAAGAAGCAUUGACCAGUGCCACGGACACUGAAUUGUGUGACCUUGCAGCUAUCCUAGGAAUGCACAACCUGAUAAGCAACGCUCAGUUGUGUGACAUAGUGGGAAGCAGCAACGGAGUUGGCAACCAAGGUUUCACAAAUGUAGUCAAAGGGGAAAAGAUCGUACCAGUCUUUAAUGAGCCACCAAAUCCUACAAAUGUGGAGGAGAGUUUGCAGCGGAUAAAAGAGAAUGAUCCUCAGCUUCUUGAUGUUAAUCUAAACAAUAUAAAGAAUAUCCCUAUUCCCACGCUGAAAGAGUUUGCCAAGGCCUUGGAAAGAAAUACCCACGUGAAGCGUUUUUGUCUUGCUGCUACAAGAAGCAAUGACCCUGUUGCUGUGGCUUUUGCAGACAUGCUGAGAGUGAACAAAACCCUGAAGAGCCUCAAUAUAGAGUCCAACUUCAUCACCGGCGUGGGCAUGCUGGCACUGAUCGAUGCCCUGAAAGAGAAUGAAACCCUGACGGAGAUCAAAGUUGACAACCAGAGGCAGCAGUUUGGAACUCCUGUGGAAAUGGAAAUCGCGAAGAUGCUUGAAGAAAACACAAAGAUCCUUAAAUUCGGAUACCACUUCACGCAACAGGGACCACGAACAAGGGCAGCAGCCGCAAUCACGAAAAAUAAUGAUUUAGUUCGCAAGAGAAGAGUGGAAGGAGACCACCAGUAAAUCUUCUGGGUACUUGACGUGCGCGGUUUGGAGGAUUCAAAUCUUCUCGAGGCGUCUCUGCUUAGCUUGGGCAAUCUCAAGAGUUCUUUUUUUUUUACCUGGGUAGAAGGGAAAAGACUGGAAUCACCAUUCCUUUUAUUAUUAUUAUUAUUAUUAUUUUUGUAAAGUUGUAUUGAUAUGCGUGGUAACCAACACAUGUAUGUUUGAAACCUUGUAAUCACAUAUGCCCAAGGUCGGGUUUUGAAAACACUUCAAGGUUUGGGUCAGUGUUUUCUGCCAAGGUAAAUACCAGUUCUAACAUACCUGUGGUUGCUCCUUGAUAGCCAAUUUAUGAUCAGUGGGCAGAUUUGGGGGGAGGGUGUCAGGAAACCCGGAGGGCUCGUUUAAAUAUUGUGGCUUUGUAUAUUUGGAAAGCAAUUUUUAUUGAAAAAGGGAUUCUUCAUAUGGACUUUUAAAUACUUCCUUUGCCCUCUGCAUUCAUUAUAUAAUGAUAAAUCAUUUACGUUUAACACCUGUUGUCUUUAAUACGCUCAGACUAUUUGGAACGCUUUCAUGGUAACAGAGAUUAAAACUUGAAAUUCAUAAGAGGAGAUUUUUCCGUUUAAAGGAGAGCUUCUGCUCUUUUACCUUUCGGGAGAUGCUACGCUGAUUAGAAUGGAGAGGGGGGGCCUCCUGACUUUUUCUAGCCAACGUGGUUUGAGUGGCUUAUUAUUAUUCUCUUCUCCUGUUAACAUGCAGAACAAGACAACUCGGGGCUUUGUUCUGUUGUGUCUGAACUGGAUGUAUUUAUGGACUUUAGUCUUUGUCUUUUUUAAUCUUGCAUUAACAUGGUGUUGGAUUAUAUUCCUAGAAAUGUAAAGAUUAUAAAUACCGUUUGAAACUCAGCAAUGGCCCGUGAAACAUAAGGCUCUCAGGCCAAACACGCCAGUUAUGGAUUGCGACACUGGACACUUAGGAAG